AUGUUGCAUUCAAGAGCUUUCCUACUAUUGGAAAAGGAGUUUGUGGAGCUCAAGCAAGCAAAUAUAUUUGGCAUUAAUGUUAUGGCUAUAGAAGACAAUUGGAUGGAAUGGAUAGCUGAAAUUGAAGGGCUGAAGGAUACCUUAUGGGAAGGUGCUGAACUUCAGCUGUCGCUGAAAUAUUCUGAAGACUACAAUUCCAUGCCUCCAACCAUUACAUUCACCACUAUUCCUUUCCAUCCCAAUGUGGAUCCAGAAUCUGGGAGACCUUGCGUAGAUUUUCUAGAUAACUUUAGCAAAUGGAACACUAGAUUCACAAUGACUAGUAUUCUACUUACUAUCCAGGUUUUGUUGUCCAAUCCUGUUCUGAACAAUGCCGUGAACCUGGAGGCAGCUCAAAUGCUGAAAAACAAUUAUCCCCUCUACAGAGAAAAAGUUGUACAGUGUGUUACAAAUAGCAAGCAACUCGAAGCCAUUGCCAAAAAUUGGGAUACGUCAGUCAAGUUUUACCCAGGACCAAAAGAACCAGCCCCGCAUAGGACAAGAGCGAUAUCAUAUGAAGAAUAUUUUAUAACAUGGUUUAAAAUUGCCACAUCAAGACCAGCUGAAGAUUUUAAACACCCAGUGUUUGACGAUCCGGAGUACAUAGGAAAUCGUUACAACUGGAUGGCAGAGAAUGUGAACAGAGGAAGCUGGGAUGAAAUUUUACAUAACAUUAUUGUCUCUGAUUGCAUUGAAAAACAGAAGAAACAGAUAAUGUUAGAAAACUUGGGAGGCAAGUGCAUUAUCCCAGAUUCAGGUACUAUCAUUCGUGUAUUCAUGUUUUUAACUUUGUAUUACUUCUACUAUCUAGAAGCACCUCCAAAAGAAUCUUCCGUGGGAUCUAAGAAGAUGGAAAAAAGCAAAAAUGAAGAACACUGGGAAGACGAAGUCGAAGGUCUUGUUAUGUGGUCUGCAAAACUUGACCAAGCAAAAUUAGAUUAA